AUGGCUGGCCACCCGGUCUUCCGGUUCCCCAUUGUGGAUGACGCAACAGGGGCAGAAAAGGGAUCCUUCCUCCUCCAAGUCAUUCCAACACAAGGCUCCAAAAACCCUCUCGAUCUACGCCUUGUUGGAACCCAGAGCACAUCGGCCUACCAGGCAAAGUUACGUCAUAGGAGAGUCCAGGAAUGGAAGAACAAACAAUCAAAUGACAAGUCUGCCCGAUGCACCGAUGAGGAGUGGGAGCAGAUCCUGAUUGCGACCUUUAUCGAGCCCACCAACCCCCAUAGGAGGGAUAUUGAGGUCAUCGUUGAGAUCCAGGCGAGCGCCAUAUUAAUAAUACGAAGGAACACUCUAUGUGUCAAGCACCGACUCGGUCAUAUCGAACUCGAAGAGUUUGAAAUUACAGAAAAUAAAGAUGGCAGUGAUAACGGACCCCAGCUCUUCGACUGGUGCGUUGCAGCCAUCAGCGACCGCGCCAAGGUUGUCGAUGACCUAGCAGCUGCAAGGGCAAGGACAGUUGAACUAGAGAAGUCCACAAAAGAGCUGAGAGCUCAUCUAGAGGACCUGCUCAAAGCCAAAGAGCAUGACGAGCACCAGCUACUGCAGAAAUUCCAGCAGCUACUGAACGAGAAGAAGCUCAAGAUCCGGCAACAACAGCGGCUCCUAGUCUCCGCAGAUGUUGACCCGCAGAAGCUAAAGAACGUAGGCGCCAGUCAAAACACUGUGAGCAAAGCCAAAACAUCCAGGGGAGGUAAGCGGAAAGCUACACAGCAGGCGGUCGAAGACGAGAGUGACGAUGGUUUCGAGAAAAUGGACGUAGACCUGCCCGUGGACGUCAAGGCCGAAUCAGAAUCCGACCCGGAGAUGGACCAACGCCAGACAACCGACGAGGAGCUAGAGGAUACGACUGCCAGUGAGGCUGCAGAGACCGAUGAAGGACCGCAGCCAGCGACUAAGGCCAAGGGCAAAGGGAAAGCCAAUGCGAGGGGCAAAGCCAGAGCGAAAGGGAAAGCGCCCGCGGCAGGUAAGAAGAUGCGGGCAGCAAAUACCAAAACUGCCGCACCGCCUGUCGAAGCAGAAGAUGAGACAGAUGAUGAGCCUCCGCCGCCGCGUACUUUGCCUUUCCAGAGCAGGAACAAGCCCAAGGAGAACAUGCCGGAGCCAUUCAAUAGCGACGGCGGCGACGAGACGGAAACUGAUGAUGACGAGCUAUGA